CAGCCAGCAGCCAGUCUGUACCCGGCCGCUGCGCGCUCCGCACUCCGCAGCGCGUUUCACACGUCCCCACAGUUCGCGAGUGCAGUGUUACUAAAUAAUGACCGUGUUUUGUGGGUUUCCUCCAACUUUUUGACACAAAUCAAACGCUAAAACAAGGAUGUGGCGAUCGGCAUCAAUGGGCGCGCGACUGUGCGCAGGAGUGGCGCUGGCGAUGUCGCUGACGCUCGGCGCCGGUCGCCGCGAGUACAAGGACGCGGAGGCGCGCCAGACGGACAUCUCGCUGUGGAUCGACGAGCGGCAGAUACGCAUGUUCAGCGGGAUGUCGAUGCGAGUAUUUGCGAUUAUGAACGGCCACAUAUCGCCGUACAUAUUGGACCCGAACUUCUCCCACAAGCUACCCAUAAUCCCGUCUGAAGUGGGGUACGUUAACUUCACGUGGCGAUCGCGGAAGAAGUACUACUAUAAUUUUGAUACUUUGACGUCGUCUGACGAAAAAGUGCUCAGUCCGCCAGUGUUGUCUAUCAAAACGCAAGGACGGGUGCCUAAGUUGGAUAAAGAAUUCAGUUUGUUUUUACCCUGUGUCGGUAACAGCAGUGGGGUAGCGACAUUUGAGAUAGGGCUAGUACUUAAAAACGGACGAGGCGUGCCGCUCAAAGGCACGCCCCUAAGGUUUAACCUAAAGAAGGAAUGCGCACAGAGAGGUGUGUAUAUUGAAAGGACAGGGCCGGAUCCAGAGUGCGACAAAAAAUGUGCUAACCAAGGGUGGUGCAACCACGAGAAGAUCUGCCAGUGUCCCGAGGGCUACAUGGGGCAACAUUGUCGUACUGCGCUGUGCUACCCGCAGUGCAUGAACGGCGGCAACUGCACCGCGCCCGGCGUGUGCUCCUGCCCGCCGGGCUACCAGGGCCGCAACUGCGAGGGAGGGAUAUGCUCGCAGAAAUGCCUGAACGGCGGGAAGUGCAUUCAGAAGGACACCUGCGAGUGCCCUAAAGGGUACUACGGGUUGAGAUGCGAAUUUUCAAAAUGCGUGAUCCCCUGCCUAAACGGCGGGCGUUGCAAGGGCGUGAACAAGUGCCGCUGCCCCGCCGGGCUGGGCGGCAACCAUUGCGAGGUGGGCCGGCGCGCCGGGGACUGCGCGCGCGCCUGCAAGCACGGCGUCUGCUCCUUCGGCGCCUGCGUGUGCGAGCCCGGCUGGCGCGGCCGCCACUGCCACCGCCCCGUCGGCACUGUAGGUUCCUCUGAAGAGUCCAUAGAACACAAGAGGCCUCGGUGAAGAAUCUACAGUGAAUUGAUAAAAUUUACUUAAUAAAUGCUAAUGUGAUUUUCAUAAAAUUUAAUUUUUACACAUAAUGUAAAUUUAAAUAUUGAUAUAUGUAAGAAUAAAUUAGUCAUUUAGAUUGUAAGUGCUAUGCCAUUUAGAAUAUGUUCGGACAUUACAAAUUAUUAUGCAAUAUAAAUUAAACUUUA